AGUCCCGUCACAUCGGCUGGCCUCCACCAUGUUGGAGGAAAUCCGCCCCUGGGCUGCUCCUCACUCCCUGUCAGAUUAGAAUUUAAUCCGAAGAGGAGGAGGAGGACGCGCUAUCAAGACGCUGCCUGCAUCUUGGGGGGAGUCGUGCCGCGCCAGUUUUUUUUUUUUUUUUAUGUGUGUGUGUGUGCACACACUAAAUAAAGGCGUCUCUAGGUCCUGCUGUCACUUUGCUUUUUUUUAUUUUUUCCCUGCAAAUCACGACGGGCGGGUACAAAAUGAGCCGCCGGUCCUUCGUUUUCUUUCUGCUUGUCCGCUGACUUGCCAAGGCGUUAAGAUGUUAGCUGGCUAACUAGCUGGAAAAGAGUAACUAAAUCGGAUUAACUGCUUCCUCUGGGGAACAUAUUCGUUGCUCGAGCUUGUCAAUUACUGCAGCUCCAAUGUUCCUCGUGCGUAUUAAUUGUUGUUUUUAGUUCAUUCCAUCUCCAGAAUUGUGUAAAGAGCCACUACUUUAAGCUUUAAUUAUUCACUGGCGUUAAUAUUGUAAGCUAGUCUGGUUAUUGGUAAAUUACAGCAGCAGACGAAGGGAGCUGGAGGUGGGAAGCGCGUGAGGAACCGCUAACAUUAAAGUGGCACCGCUAACCCAGCCGAAAGUCUGGACGGGCGGACUUAUGCGCUAGCCUCUCCGCUGGAUAGCUGGAUCCAGAACUGAAGCUCUCUCCCCGCUGAAGGCAGACCCCAGCCGAAGCAGAGAUGUCAGGGAAGGAUAAAGACAAAGACAAGGAGCAACAGUCCACCACAGAACGGCUUAUCAAAGCUGUGCCGUACCCUCCUCAGCAUAAGCUGACAACGAAAGAACUGUUUGAAGGCGGAAAGCCCAACGCUGAGCUGCUCCGCAACCACCUGGUGAAAGAGGGCCGAGUGGAGGAGGACGUGGCCCUAAAGAUCAUCAACGACGGGGCCAACAUCCUACGCCAGGAGAAGUGCAUGCUGGAGGUCGAGGCGCCCAUAACGGUGUGCGGCGAUGUCCACGGACAGUUCUUUGACCUUAUGAAGUUGUUUGAAGUUGGAGGCUCUCCCAGUAACACGCGGUACCUGUUCCUCGGCGACUAUGUGGAUCGAGGUUACUUCAGUAUCGAGUGCGUUCUCUACCUCUGGUCGCUUAAGAUCAACCACCCCACUACGCUCUUCCUCCUGCGUGGGAACCACGAGUGCCGGCACCUCACCGAGUACUUCACCUUCAAACAGGAAUGUAAAAUCAAAUACUCUGAGCGGGUAUAUGAUGCCUGCAUGGAAGCCUUCGACUGCCUGCCACUCGCUGCCCUGCUCAACCAGCAGUUCCUGUGUGUUCACGGGGGACUCUCGCCAGAAAUCAACUGCUUAGACGACAUAAGAAAAUUAGAUAGAUUUAAAGAGCCGCCGGCGUUUGGGCCGAUGUGUGACCUGAUCUGGGCCGACCCCGGUGAGGACUACGGCAGCGAAAAGACAGCCGAACACUUCAAUCACAACUCUGUCCGAGGCUGCUCAUACUUUUUCAGCUACGCAGCAGUUUGUGACUUUUUGGUAAAUAAUAACUUGCUCUCAGUAAUAAGAGCCCAUGAAGCGCAGGAUGCAGGGUACAGGAUGUACAGAAAAAGCCAGACCACGGGCUUCCCGUCAUUAAUCACAAUCUUUUCAGCUCCAAAUUAUUUAGAUGUCUACAACAACAAAGCUGCUGUAUUAAAAUAUGAGAACAAUGUGAUGAACAUCCGACAGUUCAACUGCUCCCCCCAUCCCUACUGGUUGCCCAACUUCAUGGACGUCUUCACGUGGAGUUUGCCUUUUGUUGGAGAGAAAGUGACCGAGAUGCUGGUGAAUGUAUUAAACAUUUGCUCUGAUGAUGAGCUCAUGUCAGAAGGAGACGACCUGUAUGAAGGUGGCACAUCGGCGAUGCGCAAGGAGGUGAUCCGGAACAAGAUUCGUGCCGUGGGGAAAAUGGCGCGGGUUUUCUCAGUUCUCAGGGAGGAGAGUGAGAGUGUGCUAACGCUGAAAGGCCUCACCCCUACUGGAACUCUUCCAAUGGGAGUGCUGUCAGGGGGGAAGCAGACUUUACAGAACGCUACCAUUGAAGCAGCUAAAGCAAAAGCCAUUCAAGGUUUCUCUCCCACGAGGAAGAUUCGGAACUUCGAAGAGGCCCGAGGCCUGGACAGGAUAAACGAGAGGAUGCCGCCACGCAAAGACGGCCAGCAGCCGGACGGGACGGCCGUGAACGCCAACGCCCCCAGCAAGAACGGCACCAACGGAUAGAGGGAGGCGCAGGCUCUGCCGUAUCCUCACAGAACCCAUACCGCCCCACUCCCAGCUAACAAAACAAGCUCUGUGUGCGUCUCUGUCCGUCUGUCUGUCUGUAUCCUCUGCUGAAACUGUCUGUCCACCUUUUGCUCACAUGGAGCACAGAGACGGCAGCUUCAGUGGAUAAAAACCGAUGGAGGCCAUAGUGCUGGGAAAACACUUCCAACAACAAAGAGAAGGAGAAGAAAAAACACCCGUGACGUACUGAAUGAUGAGCCUGCCGGAGCAGUCUGAUCUUAUUUAUUGAAGUUUAUAUAUAUAUAUUAGAUUUAUUUAAUAGUGAGUAAAGGUUGAAGACAGUUGUGUAAAUGCAAACUGACACUGAACUUAUGUGAAUUUUUUUUUUUUUUUAAAGGAGAAUUUUACAAAUGGA